AUCUCAUCAUGUAUACCCUACGGCAGAAAUCAAUACUACAGAAGCACUUGUUUUGUUUAAGAACAAGAGCUACUUUAUUCAUACCUGCAUCGACAAUAUCAAGUACCACACACGGUUCCUCAGCCAAUUCUAUCUUCAGCAGCAGGUUCUAUUCCUCACAGAUUAACACUACUCCAAGGAAGGACCCAAACAUGCACAAAAUCCUCAUCGUCGGUGGUGGCCCUGCAGGCUCCAGCACCGCCCUAUGGCUCGCAAAAGCAGGCUUCAAAGUAACAGUCGCAGAACGCUCUUCCGUACCUCCUUACGGACAAGGUAUCGACAUCACAGACGAAGCAGUUGGCAUCGUCAAAAAANUGGGCUUGUGGGAGAAAAUCAAAGAUAACACUACUGGAGAGAGUGGGUUUGCUUUGUUGGACGAUACGGGAAAAGAGAUUGGGAUGGUUGGGACUAAUCCUGCUGAUAACGGCAAGACUACUUUAUCGCCUACUAAUGAGAUUGAGGGAGUGGAGUAUAGAUACGGAUGCACCGUGAGCGGAAUCCAACAAGGAACAUCUUCCGUAACAGCCACCCUCUCAGACACCAACCAACCGGAAGAGUACACUGCGAUCGUAGGCGCAGACGGUGUUGCCUCUCGAGUACGAAACCUGACCUUCGGCCAAGCCGCAACUGAGAACUGCUUCAAGCAAACUGAUACAUAUGUGGCAUACUUCUCUAUGCAAGUCGACCCCAAACACCGGACCACCUACUCAGUCUUGCAGCAUGCCAAUAAAGGACGCGUAAUGUGGAUACGGCCGAUUGACAGGACUGGAAGUCGAGCUUCUGGUUAUGUGAUCGUCACGACAACGGACGCUGCAGAUCUGCAACAGGCAGCCAGACAUGGAACCGUAGAGCAACAGAAAACUCUCUUACAGAGCCGCUUUGAAGGAGUUACUGGCAUCAGAGACAGGAUACUACAGGGCAUGCAGGAGUCGCAGGACUUCUACUUCACAAGAGUUGUGCAAGUAAGACUCGAUACUUGGCACAGUGGUCGUUGCGCUCUGGUCGGUGAUGCGGCAUACUGUCCUUCUCCUCUGACAGGACAAGGCACCACUAUGGCUCUCAUUGGAGGCUACAUUCUCGCAGGAGAACUAGCAGCCAACCCAGAAGACCCAGCUGCAGCCUUUGCUAACUACAGAAAGAAGUUUGAAGGCUUUGUGCAAGAAAACGGCACCAUACCGUUGGGUGGAAGAGCGCCUAAGCUCGCCGCUCCUCAGUCAGACAUCGGAAUCUGGUUGAUCAGGUCUAUCUUCAGGUCAACCUCGCGACCGGGAUUCCAAAGGAUCUUCGAGUCUCUUCCUUCGCUGCCUAGCUUUGGUGGUGAAGCUAAGAAGUUCCAAUUGCCUGCUUACGACUUCCGGAUGCGUGAAGAAAAGCGAGCUGUCAAAGCGUUGACUUCAAUGAGACAU